UUCACAUAUUUGCAGCUGUUCACAAAAAACACAAUGAGGCAUAGGUCAAUCCAUGUCUUUAAUAUCUAGCCCACAUUAACACUAUGAAUAAUGCAUCCCUUCAGGAAAUUGUUUUUGGGAUUGUUCCUGUCCAUUUAUUUCACAGAAUACGUUGUUUCUAAAAGAACCGGAAGUGUAGAUGGAUUGCUUGGAUCUGUGGUCCUUUUAAGUCCUGAGCAAACCUUUGAAAACAUUUCUGAUGCUAUUUGGAAAAAGGGUGAUUUCCUAGUAGGGAGAUUAAAAAAUGGCAGUGCUCACAACAUAAUACUAUAUAUAAACAGAACUGAGAUUUUCCCUGAUGGAACACUCAAACUCAACUGCACAGUAAAAGAAGACUCUGGAGUUUAUUCCUUGGAAAUGUAUAACCAAGAUGGAAAGAAUCUUUUAAAAGUUAACAUCAUGUUGAAUAUAUUAGCCCCUGUCUCCCAGCCUCUGGUAAAACACACUUGUCUUCCUCAUGGGGAGGUGAGAGUUACCUGUUGGGCAGAGGAGGGUGAUCAUCCUUCAUAUACCUGGGCUUUAGAUGGAAAGGCUUUGAAUGAAAGUGUGGCGUACCUCAGUGAUGAAGACCACACUGUCAUACUGAAGCAAUCGGUCUCUGGAAAUCUUGUCUGUACUGUUAGAAAUGGAAUAAGUGAGAAUUACACUAGCCAUGUGAUUUCUGCAUGCUCAGGUUAUGUAACAUCUUUAAAUUGCACUCUAAAAAAUGAUACAGAAAUUCCAGCAUUCAUCAACACAACUAAAGAAGACCUUGAUGUCUUGAAAGGUAGAGGAGUGCUUAUCAGUUUAGGAGGUGAAGAAACUUUAAGUAUCAUAUGCCAAAUCAAAACUCUCAAUCAAGAUUCCAUUGAAACUUCAACAUAUAUUUUUUGUGCUUUUCUGGGAUUUGGAGAAGCCUUUAUAAUCUUUGUUCUGUCUGUGGUGGUUUUCUGCCUGCUGCACCAGAAAAAUAAAAAGGAAGGGAAACAGAGUGAUGGAGGCCAUGAACUGGUUUAUGCUGAGGUAUCAGUAGACACUAUUACAAAACACAGGAGAAAAAUGGCACCUGUCUCUGAUGAAGGUGUGAUUUACAGCCAAAUUAGAGUGUCAGAAGAGACUGAACACAACGCACGUAAAGGGGAUGUGGCUUUGUUGUAUGCUGCAGUUAACAAAAAUCGAAACCCAUUACAAGUCAGAUAAAAAUACAUGUCACACGCACUUGGCCUCGGAGUCAUCCAGAAAGAAGGCCUACAUUUGGGAAGCUGAAAGAAACUAUUUUGAAAUAUGUUCUUGCUAUUUGAUUAAUUUUUGUUAACAAAAAGACUGCCAUAAAACCAUUAAAAACUUGCAAUGAAUGUACAAACUACAGUAUGUCCAAAUAUUUGUGAGAAAAUUCUAUGCUUUUGCUGUUUCAA